UAAGUCUAUAUAGAGGAUACUCGCUUCAAGACCACAGUCAUUCAUUUUCAACAAUCAGCAAGCAUGUUACGUAUUUUAUCUUUGAUUUUCUUCGUACACUUGUCUUCUGUCAUAGCGUCAGAAGUAUUAUCAUACGCAAAAGUAUCAAAGAACGGACAGUUAGCAAGAAGUUCUCACGAUUCUCUUUCGUGGAUAACUAGGCAUUCGAUGAAAAACAAUACGAGCCUGAUGAACGAAAAUAAAGGGAGGAGUAUAGCCGAUGUCGUUAUCACAGUAUCACCUGUUUACGUGCCAUCCAGAACUCCAAAAUUAAAGAAAGGAGAAGCAGUGGAUUAUCCAAUCACUCCGAAAUAUUCCACGUUAGAUAAUGACAUGAUAGCCAAACUCGAUGCUACGGUGAGCAAAAAAUUGAUUCAACAUCGAUUUCAUCCACCUGCAAUUUUUGAGCAUAACGUCGCGUACGCAAACAGAAAACCGUCAAAAGGAAACUCAAAUGCAGAAAGCUCCUUAAACACAAAUUCAUCUACUUUUCUCGGUCCAAUCUUUCCUAAUAUGUACGAAUAUAGUCCGACAAAAUUUCUCGACGAUGAAUCACUGAUGUCCGAACCAAUGAUAAGCAAAUAUCCAUCUACGGACGAUAAAAAAAUUCCGGAUUCCUAUAAAUCACCGCCAAACAAAUAUAAUACCGAACAUGAAACUGACUACCUUACUUACGGCGUGGCUCCUUCAUAUGCAAAUGACGAGCUUGAAUCAAAGCCCAUGAAAUUUGCCAACUAUUAUGAACAUCCGCCCUCAUUCAUGGAGCAUGAUCCGUAUGCACAUGAUGUUCAUCACGACAUAAUAUAUGAUAAUAUACCUGAAUAUCAUCAUCAUGAAACUACAACGGAGGAGCCGGAAAUGAAUGAUCAGCGACUCGACAAAAGGCCAUACUCGUAUUACUUUAUAGGAAAAAAGCUUUGGUACAUACCUCUGUACUUUAGUAUUUAUUUUAUCAUAUACAUAGCCGCGCUUGUCUUAAAAAGUGUCGCCAGGCAUAAGAUCAACUUUCCGGUACAACUAGCAGAGGCUGCAACGCAGGGAAGAAGCGAUUCGAAUGAAGGAUGGUGGUCUUUUACCGAAAAAAUACUUGAAGGAGUGGAACGAUUUGCCGAAAUAUAAAAAUUCGAAAAAUUGAUAAUAUCAUAUUCAACGAUGAGUUAUCAGUGAAAAAAUCCUACAAAAAUAUCAAUGCAUGUAAAUAAUUGCU